GUUAACUUAUCGUUCGUAGUGUAUCUUAAAUGUUCAUACAUGUAAACAUAUUACAUGAAAUUUUAUCGUUGAAACUUUUGAACAUUCAAACGACUUCGAAUCAGUUGUUUAAAAGUUUUUUUAUUUUGUUAAUUGUUAUCAUCAAAUGUUACUUUUCAACACAAUUACAACGUGAUUAAUUAUAUAAUUGAUCAUUUUUCUCUAAUGACAAAUUGAACUAUUGUCGGGAUAUUAAUUGUUGUUAUUUUCUUAGUGACAUUUAUCAUUGAAGAAAAAGUGAAUUAGCAAAUUAAAUUAGAUUCAAUUCAAUCAAACAAUCAUCUCUGUUUAUUGUGAACUUUAAUUAUGAGCCAUUUUUCUGGCUCAUUAGACCUUAAUUGUAAAGGUCAAUUUAAUCAAGUGCCACUUUGUACAAACCUCAAUAGUAGUAAUAAGAAAACAAUGAAAAUCCAAACUAAUAACAAAUCAAAUCGUAUCAAUAAUGAUAAAAAAUCAGUGAAUCAAGUUGAUAGUAAUUGUUAUCAAUUAGAUUACAAUCGUCAACGAAGAUCACAAUUAAAAGGACAAAUGAAUUUGAUUAACUCUAACUUACUAAUUGUAAUCAUAAUUACCUCACUUGGAUUAUUGUGUUAUGCUGAAGAUUCAAUUGUAACAAUCAACAAGUUUAAAGACUGUGGUAUCAAUCAAUUCAAAUGUAAAUCGGGACAAUGUAUAGCCAUUGAUAGAGCUCAUAAUGGAUUCAAGGAUUGUUCUGAUGGUUCAGAUGAAGAUUGUCCUGAAAAUCAGCAUAAGUGUUUAUGUGGUUUACCUGUUUGUCUUGAUAAAUCACGAGUCAAUGACGGUAAGAAGGACUGUAUUGAUGGGUCAGAUGAGGGUCAUGCUGACACAAAUUUAUGUCGAUAUGAUACUUCAGAAUUGACAAUUGAUGAAGUGGCCAAAAAUGGUGAUAAACUUAAAGCACCAAAACUAGUCUCAAGCGUAUUACCUGAUUAUCAUGAGGGUAGUUCAUCAAUUAACCCUGAGAAUCAGUUAAUUAACGUAUCAACAACAACAACAACAUCAAUUCCAUUGGUAACUCCCUCAUUCUCAUCAAUUUUAUCUUCACCUGCAAUCGUCUCACCAACCGCUACAACUGAAGAUAUUUUCGUCGAGGUGACCGGUACUUUUGUCCCUUACGAGCAACUUCGACCUUUUCGACCUGCUGUAGCUUCUUCCGUUAUUGCCUUACCUCAAUAUUCAUCCAUAGUGCCAACUGGAAGUAGAUCAGUUAUCGAGAUAACGGGAACUUUUCUAUCUGGUUCACCUGAAAAAGGUCAACAAGAACCACCAUCAUCAUCAAUGAUAUCAGCGACUUCAGUUAAACCUCUAGCACGGACUUCAAUAGUAUCGGCGUCAACUGAAGUACCCUCAGUGGACACCACCAAGAGUGAAACAACAACAAAUUUACCCACGACCCUGAAUCCAUUUAAUAGCAAUUCGAAACGUUUCUUGGUAACUGUAAGUCGAGCUCCGGUCUCCAAGAGUAACAAUAAGGUUAAAUUGUUUACCGGUUUCAUCUCAAUCAAUGGAACCAAAUACAAUCUUCUUACGGUCAACAAUGGAACUGAUAAUGAUGAGGUGACCAUCACAAUCAACGAUUUUCACACGAUCAACGGUAAAUCGUUGCUCACUGGUGAUCGUCGGGUUAAGACGGGCGAGGUUGCUGUUAAUCUUAAUCAUAUUGGAUUAUCACUGAAUUUACCUGUUUCUUUCAAUGAAAUGACUUCAUCGCAUGAUUUAUUAUUUGGAAACGCUGUUACCAGUAAUCAAGUUAAUUACAGAAUAAUUUUGAUUAGUGAUGCUAAUAAAGUUAAAUUUGAAAAUACACCAGGAUCAACUGGACUUGAAUUGAAUCAUGAUAAACUACGUCCAUCAGAUUUAAUUGUUGAUGGAUCAGAUACCGUUAAAGAUGAAUUAGUUGAUCUAAUUAAAUUGUCUGUUAAUGUCCACUCUUCCCAUGAAUCAUUGCCCAAAAAUGUAAUGGUCAAGAGUACUUUGAUUGAAGAUAAUGACGAAAUGGAAACUGGUAAAUUAUUAUCAAAUAAGAUUAAACCUUUAUCUGGUCAAUCUGGAUUAGGAUUUAAUAGGAAAUUAGUUGAGCCAAAGGAACAAUUUGUCGCUUAUGGAUUAGAAAAUAUUGAUUCACGAUCAACCGGAAGAUUUUUAGAUAAUGGUGCCAAUAAACUGGGUUCUGGUUCACCGAUUUCAUCGGUUACCCCAAGUUACAUCAAUACACCAACACGAAGAGUAACCGAUAAUUUCAAUGAACUUUCAGCUGAUUCCGAGAUAGCUGAUACAAUUAAAUAUCAGUCAACACCUUCACUUGACAGUAUUGGGCUGAUUAGUAAAUCAGUUCCAGUUUAUGAAAGACCAUCGUCACGAGUAAAAGUUAACAAUCAAGAACAGGCCAUCAAAUCAACAUCACCCAGUAUCAUGGGUACUACAACAAUCUUUGGAUUCAUUGAUUUUACCACCACAAUCAAUGGUUCCUUGGUGGUUUUCACACCCAAUACAAAAUCACCAAUUUCACCUAAAAAUGAUAAAAGGAAAUGGAAAUCAACUUCUACUUCUGGAUUACAAAUUCAACCUACUCCAUCCUCAGGUUCAGCCUCAGGUUUCCCGUCAAUGAUAACGACAUCAGCACCUUAUUCAAGUGUAGUAUUACCUGUUGCCAGUUCAAUCAAUAUUCGAGAUAAUUUGAAACUUCGAUCACGAUCCAAAUUACGACCUAAAAUUGAACCAACCUCAAGUCAACCUUUAUCGGCCUUCACUGAACCACCAAGUGACCAAUUGACCAAUAAAUUUAAUAAAUUUGGUAAACAUGAAUCAAUCAAUUUUAAUCCGAUUGUUUCAUCCAAAGAGGUUAAAUUGAGCUCUUCAUACUCUGAGUUUGGUUUACCCAGUUUAACUUAUCAAUUGGCUAAUCGUCAAUCAUCAACAACAAUUAACUCACAAAUUAAACCAACAAGUACACUACCAACUGGUUUACUAUCUUCAUUCACAGGUACAAUCUCAGGUAAUCAAAGUUUGACCGAAUGGACAACCCUGGUAAUCGGGACAUUUAUCAAAGGCACUUAUGCUCACAUUCUGGAAAGUAAAUCACGAAUUUAUCCCAAACAAGAAUCAACCCAAGAUCAAAUUCAAUCAAGUAAACCUUUGAUUCUAUUCCCAUCAUCUUCAUCUUCCAACCAAAUGUCAUCAAUUCAACCACCAGCUCGAUUAUCACCUAAACAAGAUUUAAUUAAACCUUCACAUCAAAUUACAAUCACGAGUGGAUUCAUUUUACCAACAGCAGCGAGUGCAUUGGAUUCAAGUUCAUCAACGGUAACUUCCAGUAAAGAUCAAUCGUCAAGCUCAAUUAAAUCAUCACCUUUACCCUCGUCAUCAUUACCAAUUGAACUUUCAUCUUCAAUAAUUGAACCUGAAACCAUUUCAACCUCAUCACAAUCUUCAAUUGAACCAACCAAGAGCCUUGAAGAAACACUGAAACCUUCAUCGUCAGAAUACUCGUCACCAUCGUCUACAACAGUACUAACCUUUACACCAAUUCGAGCCCAUGUAACAACUUACACAUAUUAUACAACUUAUUUCAAGGAUGGAUCAAUGCUGGUCUCAUCUCACAAAGAAGUUGUAACAAAUACUCAAUCAGCAGUCCAAUCAACACCUUCAUUAUCAUCUUCGUCGUCCACUUUAGCACAACCAUUAUCAUCAUCAUCACCAUCAUCAUCAGCUUCAACUUCUUCUGCCAUGGUAACACCAAGUUCAAAGGUUAUCCUACCAGUAACCUUUUACACGACAUACACUUAUUACACAACCCACUUUAAUGGAGGUUCACCAACAAUCAAAAGUCGCGAAGAGACAAUUACCCGAGUAUCAACACCAGGAGAAAAUGAAUCAACCCAAUUGAUAAAUCCAACAUCUUCACCUGUAGAUUCAAUUAUUCAAUCGACACCAUCAAAUCAAAUUAAACCAACUGAAUCUCUAUCAAUUGUAUCUCCUUCAUUUUCCUCAAUUGAACCUUCAAUCAACUUAAUUUCUCGUAAACCAACGGCUCCUGUUCGUACUUAUUACACAACGUACACUUAUUUUACCACUUACCUUCGAGGUGGAUCCAAAUCAAUUGCCUCACGGUUCGAGACGAUCACGAAUGUAGCUUCAGGUGAAAACGAAAUUGACAAAACCUCAUCACCAGGUAAUCAAAUAUCACCAACAGCAAUUGUAAAACCCGCAAUUGGAUUAACACGAUUCACAACUUACACUUUUUAUACAACUUACGUUAAAUCGGGUUCGACUGUUGUCUCUACGAGUAAAAAGACAAUAACCAAUGUGGCCACAGUACCUAAAGAGACCACACGACCAACAGGAGCUAUAAGACAGUCCAUUAAACCAAGUAAAUCAGCUCGAACUGAACUGAUCACCUUUACCUAUUUUACCACAAAAUAUAAUCAAGGUAAACCUACAGUGUCAAGUCGCUUUGAAACCAUUUCAAGUGUAAUCAACGAACCGGCAUUUGGUCAAAGAUCAUCUAUUAAGCCCUCAUUGACCUUAUCCUCGGUGGUACCGUUAUCAACAUCAUCUUAUGAUAGUAAUAAUUUACUUUCACCUUCAGUUACAUUUGAUCAACCCUUUGCUACAGAAACACCUCCUCUCAUUGAUUCAUCUUUCAACUUUAACGGUAAAUCGUCAUCAUCAUUGAUUCAGAAUGAUGCCAAUUUGUUAUCAUCUUCAAAAACACCAGAACUUCCCAUGGUACCCGAAAUUAAAGAUAUGACCUCACUUGACCUUAAUAGCCUUUUAGCUGGACUAAAGGUUCCGAUAACUCGAUAUACGACUUAUACAUAUUUCACCACAUUAGGCCAAGGUGUUUCUCGAUCAACGGUAACUCGAACUCAAGUUGUCUCAAAUGUAGUAACCGAUACAAUUAAAUUGAGUCUACCUUCAUCAUCGUCAUCAUCUGUACUUUCAUCAUCAUUGUCAUCAGUUUCCUCUUCCGCUCCAACUAAUCAAUCUGUAUACACUUUGAAUAGACGGGCUCCCGUUCUAGAUGAACUGGAGGCUGCAUCUGAUGAGAAUCGACCUCAACAUGCUCACGAUAGACCAGUUACCUUUUACACUACCACAACUCAUUAUACUACGAUAUUAUUACCCACCGGUGGAUCGACCAUUUUGAGUAACAUUGAUGUAAGAGCGAGUGUCACCCGAUUGGCCAGUGAUCAGAUACUUCCAACUCGAGAAACUGAACCAUUAUCAUCGUCAGUUGAUUCAGAACCAUUUGCAAGUUCAAUCGAUUCGCGAUCAAGACCAAUUCCUGGAAAUGAUCAGAUUGAGACAACACUUUCAACUUCAAUUUCUCCACCGUCACGAUACGAUUAUGGUACCAACCAGGUCGAAGUUGUUAGUACCGUUAACAUUCAUAAAACACGAGAAACUGAUCCACUUUUAACCUACGAAACAACAUUAACCUAUUUUACAACAUUUUUCGAUGGAUCUCGACCAAGUCGAACUGAAACCCGACGAGAAACUGUCACUGAGAUUAGACGAAACAGUUUGAUUAAUCCAAGUAGUACACGAAAACCUACAGUAAUCAGACGAACCCGAUUACGAGGCGGAGCUCGCGACAUUUUACCAGAUCCAAGAGAUGGGUCACAUUUAACUCGAAAACCAGUAGUUGUUAUAACCAAAAAGCCAAUAGAACCAACCGUUACCUUGGCUGAAAGGCCGUUUGCCUCUGUCGAUCCUAACCACCAUCACCAUGGACACUUAGAUGCUCACCAUGUCAGCGGCGGGCCAAUAAUCGCACCCUCUCCGAUCACCUACUUCACAACUCAUACAUACUUUACAACUGAACUAGUUGGUGGUUUUCCUGUUGUUCGUAGUCGUGAACAAGUUUUUUCAACCAUAAUUAAAGACAGAAUCUUACCGACUCGUGGUGGAUUCGGCUUGAGACCAACAAUCUCAUUCCGUGCUAAAAGAUCACUCAACGAUGGUGAUGAUUUAAUAAUGGAAGAAUCAAAUUUAGAUCCAAUGGCUUUUGAACUUCCAGGAGGAGAUAUUGUAUCAAAAUUUAGUGAUUCCGAUAAAUCAGAAUUUUCCGAAGGAAUAGUUGAAACUGAGGACGAAUUAAGAAAUGCCAAUAAUGAUGAAACGAUAACCGUCUCAUCAUCCUCUUCAUCUUCAUCAAAUGAAACAAAAUCAACAAAAGAAAUGGAAUCAAUUUCUGCUUAUGCUUUAGCGUCCGCAGCGUUUUCGCAGUCACAACCAUCAUCCUCCUCGUCGCUCGUUAUGUCUCCAUCUUCCGUCUCUGUGCUUAUUUCUCCUUCCUCAUCCUCGGUUUCCCUGGACUCAAUGGGUUCUCCUUCCAAUCCUCAACCUCAACCUCAACCGGUGGGCAUUAUAUCCUCCCAAAUCUCUUCCGUUAUCAAUGAUGGUAUUACUACCCUCUUCACUACCCAAAUCUAUGGUACCUACAUUGGAACCAUUUAUGCUCAUCUUGCGAAAACCCAAACCUCCCAGUUAUCACCUUCACCAUCAUCAUCACCUCAAGUAAAUCCAUCGACCAGUUUACCCACUGGUUUGAUAUCAGAAUCGGUUCGUAGUGAGAUUCAUUUGGGUACAACAACUUUGUAUAAAACUCAAGUUCAUGGUACAUUUAUCAAUGGUGUUUAUGCUCAUUUUGGUCAGGUAACAUCAACAUUGAUUGAUUCUCAUUCACCGUCGACUGUUGAACUGACCCAAUCCCCAAUUUCCGUAUUAACUUCAACUGAGAUUAAUUCUGAUAAGACAACUAUUCAUACAUCAGAAAUUUAUCAAACUAUGAUUUCGGGUUUUAGUGCACAAUUUACCAGAACAACUUCGAGUAUUGUUCCAGAAUCAAGUACAGUUAAUACUCAAUUGGUAAGUCCUUCGGUAAGCUCAACAUCAACACGACCUUUCCUCGUUUUUCCAAGUCGUAAGCAUAGAGGUUCAAAUGCAAUAAACGCCAAUGGUUUUGGUUCUGAUGUUUCAUCGGCUUCAAUUGUCAUUCAAACAGUUACCAAAACAGUUACUGCGACACCAGUAACUGAAUCAAUUCCUAAAUCGGCGAUUGUUGAAUUAGGUCUAGGUGAAGAUCGAGACUUGGCAACCUCUGAUGAUGUGCAAGGUGAUUCAAAUUCGGGUAAGAAUUCAAUUGUUAAUGAUGACGAACUCAAAGAGACGGAAUAUUUUGACGAUAAUCGAGAGAGUGGUUCAGAAAAGGUUGAAGUUGAUCACAGGGGUGGAUAUGAUCCAGAGGCUCAUGAAGAUGUUCACCAUGAGGAUGCAGUUGAACAUCCAACCCGAAGAAUAGGUCGACGACUUAGACCAACUCGAGAGGGAAGUCGUUAUUAUGAUUAUGAAGGUCCACCAGCAGAUCAGCCAUCGGUACCAAGUACCAAUGAUGAAACGUCUUAUGGUUCAUCUCAAAAUUCCAGAUUCAAUUUGAACAACGAUGGUAGGUAUUCAGGUUAUGCUGACCCAUAUUCAUCUCAACCCCUUCAACCAGCUCCAUUACCAGUUCAACCUGUUGCCCCACCAGUAGCACCAGCAGCUCCACAAGCUCGUUACAAAGGUGUUUUCGGUCAACGUGUUGGGUCAUCAGGAAGAUCAUCAUCACCAGUUUCUCCACCAUUAUCAUCGCCAUCUUUUGAUUACGAUUCAUAUUCACUUUCUGCGCCGAUUUCACAGCCUCAACCACAACCACAAUCGCCCCCACAACCACAGCCUCAACCUGCCCUGAUACCACAUUCUCGAGGUCGUUUUGCUGCUGAUUCUAUCAGUACUAAUCGACAAGCAAGUCAAUCACCAGCACCUCGCGCUGUUGAAGUAUUACAACCUUUUCAAAAUGUCCACGAAUCUCUAUCUGAUCGAGUGUAUCCUUCAAACCCUCCACCUUCAACAACAAAUCGACGAACAUCAAGUAGAUCAACAUCUUCAACAUCGUCCUCAUCUCAGUCAGGCCGCCGUCGUUCAUCAUCAAGUUCAUCUCGAUCUAAUGAAGAUCCAAGUUUUACUGCAGCUACUCCUCGUCCAACAAUAGCUGAACGUCCUUUAGUCUCACGAUAUCAAAGUCCAAAACGUCAACAAGCUCAACAAUCGCAACCACAAUCUAAUGGCCGUUCAAAUCGAGGUCGACCCUCAUCUCGAGGAUCAGCCUUUAAUGUACAAAACGAGCCAGUAGCUGCUCGUGUUCAAGUUGAUCCUCCAGUUGAAGAUCCAAUUAUCGAAGAAGAGGUUUACAUCGAACCUUCACCACAGCCUCGUGGACGUAAUCACUUUUCCGUCUCACCUCGAGUUCGUUCAUCGGGAAAAACUCGUCGAAUCAUAUUAAACAAUAAUCCAGAGCCAAGUCGACCUCCACCCGUCGCAGUACCAGUAAUAAAUGCAUCUCCUAGUCCAUCAUUAUAUUAUCCACCAUCUCUAUUAGCUUCAUCUUCAGAAUCCUCACCACCCUUACCCACUCCGGAUGUACAGAAAACACCGAUAACAAUAACCUCACUUGUCUCUGUCAUCAAAACCUUGCCCAUUCGUCAUGGUUUCCUAACAUCCUAUGCAACAAUUACAACGACAGCAUUUAACAGAUCAGUAAUUAAUCCCAAUGAAUAUCAAUUACGCCUUAAUCCAACCAAUACAAUAGAAACACUGACAAUCUACAGUUCAUCGACAAUUGAACCAACCAAAGUUCGUGAAACCCUAAUCACCACAACCACUUUACUUGAGGUUAAAUUAGUUCCAAUACGAAUUGGAUUCUCAACUCGAACCGAUACUCUAACUGAUACCCAAGUAUUGACAACCUUUACCACCUCUGAUCGAACCAUACAUCCAACCGUUCACCAUGCUUACCCUUUUCCCGGUUUAGGUAAUGAUCCUAAUGCAGUGGCCGCUGGCGGAAAUGCAUUCUUACCCUCCGGUGGAAUACCUUAUUUGCAUGGAGGUAUUAUCGGUGGAGGUAACGGUGCACAGAUAACUUUUAGUCAGGUCACUGCAACAAUCACCGGAAUCACAACUCUUUCCUCAACCAGAGUAGUUUCCUUAACACUUCAUGGUAAAACCCUUUUAUCCACCCUAACCCUAACCUCAACCCUUGCAACUACCUCAGUGACAACCUCACUGGUCCCAAUUCCGUUAGCACCAUCAAUACCCCAACUAAUUACCUCUCAACCACCAAUGGUUACAACCUCCCUAACCAUUCAACUUACCGGUGAUUCGGGUGAUGUUACCGAACUGAUUACCGUCCUAACAAUACCAGGACAAAUUUUCAAUACCAAAGUUAAACGUUCAGCUCCAUCAAUUGAAUCAACACCCGUCAACUUUAAUCAAAUGUUCCCAAUUGAAAAAACUUUAGCUCCUUCAAUGUUUUCAGUGUAAAUCAAACAACGUUAAUUGUUUUAAUUCAAUCAACAAUUUUCCUCUAAAUAACCUAACUGUGUCCAUCUUACACCUUUACCUGCCUGCUUUACUUUUGCAUGUUAAUUUUAUUGCCUUCUAAUUGUAAUUUAAUUGCCUGUCUUUGUGUUAAUAUCUUCGAGGUGGAAAAAGAAAUCAUUUGUUCAUAUGUACAGAAAAAGGGAGUGGUAACCUCGGUGCAUUUAUGUUGAUUUGCUAUUGUUAUUUGUUGACAUUUUCCCUUUAAUUUUUUGUUUCUACCCCAAAAAAAACAAUAUGUAAUUGAUAUUCAAAUCUACUUUUACCUGUCGUAAUUGCAAGCGCUUAUAUAAAUACCCAAACAAUCAACAUCAACAUACAAUCAAUGCCCUUGAUCAAAUCAAAUAAUCAUCGUUUUCUGGCCAAUGCCUCCUUAAUGGUCCAAUUCAUACAAUUACCUUUUAUAAAUGGUCAAUUUCCUUAUUCAUUGAUAAAUAAUUUUUCUCAUUUUCUCUUUUUCUCUUCACUCACUCUCUUGCUGAUUAAUAUUAUUAUUUAAUUAUCUUCAAUUGAAGGUGUAAAAAACAUUUCUCAUCAUUAAUCAUCUUCAUCAUCAUCUUAAGGGAAAAGUAAUUACCAAAAAAGAAAAGGAUUAAUAAGAUAAUAUAUAAGUUAAUUAACUAAUCAACUAUUGGAAACAAUUCUAAGCUACUGUUACUUUUUUUUCAUACUCAUCUGGAUGCCAAUUGGAUAAAUCAUCAUCACGAUUAAUAUAUUUCCCAUUUCUCUUUAAUCCAUUAAUCUAAUCGUACUCUUUAUUGUUUUUCCCUUGAUUGUUAAUGAUUAAUAAAUUGUAUUGAUACAAAUAAAAAGAAAAAAAUCAUCAACAGCUAAUCAACCAUAAAGAAAUGAUUGUUACCUUGAGAAAGUAACGGAUUCCAAUUUAAUGGAUUAUAAUUCAUCAUCAUCAUGAUUAUAUUAUUAUCAUCAUCAUAUUCACCACUUUCAUCACAAUAAUAAUCAUCAUCACCAUCACCCGCCAUGAUCAUCACCUUGAUUUUUUUGUUCAUUUCCUUUUUUCCCAACUAAUUGUGAUGAAGAAAACGAAACAUGAUCAAUAUAAACACAGAAAAUCACCCAUAGAGAAAGCAAAGCCAUUGGAAUCAACUGAAUUCCUAAUUAUCGUUGAAAAUUUUUCUUCUUCAUCAUCAUCAUAUUAAUUUGCCAUAAUAAUAACUGUCACCUUUCCUCCUUUAUCAUUUAAUUGCGACAAUCAUCAUCACGAUGAUUUGAUUAUUAUUACUAAUCAAAUGGUAAUACAAUAAAUGAGCAUUUUCUUACCUUUCCCUUACCUAAAAGUCCGAGACAAUCAAUAAAUUGUUUUAUAAAUAACAA